AUGCCGGUUCCAGUUGGUGGACAGAUGGGUGGUGGGUCCAACUUCGACAAGUUCAAGAUGGGCGCCAUGAUGGGUAGCACUGUCGGGGUCAUCAUUGGCUUUAUAUUUGGCUCUGUCAACAUUAUGAGAUACGGUGCCGGACCAAACGGAGUUAUGCGAUCACUUGGACAAUACAUGGUUGGUUCUGGAGCUACAUUUGGUUUCUUCAUGGCCAUAGGAAGUACCAUUCGAACAGAUUCCGUCUCGCAACAAGCAAUGGAUGCUUACCUUCAAUCAAAGCGCCGCCCUCUUAUCAUGCCGCGCCAUCCAUACCACCAAUCAAAGGACGAAUAA